ACAGUAUGCCGCGCUCAGAUGAGGCUACGGCCUUCUACGAAGCUGUCUAUACGGCCGUCCAGGUACGGCACUCAUCCCCUUCCCCAUGCAUGACACAAUGUAAUAUCCUAGAAGUCUAAACUGCACCUCCCCUUCAAAAAAAAAUGCAGGAAAUACCUUAUGGAAAGGUCACUUCGUACGGCCAUAUCGCCCACUUGAUAGGAAAGCGUAAGUAGAGUAGGAAAAAGAAAAGAAGACCCCAGCAUGGCUAAUAUUCGCACCUUCUAGCACAAUGUCCAAGGUUAGUAUCAUAUCAUGCAGUACAUACGCUGCCCCCGAGACUCCCCAAACAAGACCGGAAAAUCAGGGAAUGAACGAAUGAACAAACCUCCUCCUCCCCAAGCCCGGUAGACCAAAAGCAUCGUUCAUUUCAACUCACGCUGCCGUACAGACAAGUCGGUCAAGCCUUGAAACACCUUCCAGCGGAUCCAGCAAACACGUUUCACCAUGGAAACGUCCCGUGGCAGAGGGUCAUCGCAGCCAGCGGGAUAAUCCCUAAACGGUACUUUUCCCCCUCUAUCCUCCCGCCAUUAUUUCUCACCUCACUUUACCUUACCUACCUUGCCUUGCCCUGCCCGUCGCCCCAUUAUUACUAUUUCCCCAACGAGGUUCCGGCACGAUACGGUAGCUCGCCCUGUUCCUUUCCUCUUACCAUCUGUGCUUGUAUGUCUCUCUGUCCGGCAUAGGCAUACAUACAUACACACAUACAUACAUACAUAUAUACAUAGGAGUACAGUACAGGCAGACAGGCCAGUCCCGUACGACGCAAUUGAUCCAAGCCCCAUUUUCACCCAUUCCCAGCGGUUACCCACGGCCUGCCUACCUGCCUGUCCUGGCUCUACAGUGCAGUGCCAUACCCUUCCCAAAUAAUCCCCUCACUUCUUCCCCAAGCCGGAAACUUAACACAAACCCCAAACCCUUCCUUUCCCCUCCACUGACUUAUAAUAACCGCCCCCCCUCCCCCAGGGACAACUCCUCCGGCACAGCACGUCACGCCCAAACCCUCCGCGGCGAGGGAGUGGUUGUGACGACAACGGGGGGAGAACUUCACGUGGACUUGAGUGGUGAGCACGGCUGGUUUCCAAAUGUGCUCCCAUCCAAGGCCAAGGGCGGUGGCGGGGAUUGGGUAAGCGAGGAAACAAUGUUUCCGGUCUUAUUUUAGCGUUUUGGGGCUUGUUGGCUGCUUGUACCGAUACUGCAUGUACGGUACUAGUACUGAGAGUACUGAGAGGGGGGGGGUUGAGCUAUGGUAUUGAUUGUACUUGCACCGCGGGUUAUUACAAGUAUUCGUACGGAACUUACGCUUUCUGGCCUGGAUCUGGGUAAAAGCUCUUCAAGCGAGGCGGAGCUUUAGAUUUGUGGGUGAGUCGUAGUCCACCCGUACUGGGGGGUUGUCAGGAGUUCAGGGUGAUGACGGCGGGGAAAGAAGGUAAUGGAAAGUGAAUUAUGGAAACGGAAGUGAGUGAGCGAGAGCCCGCUGGAUUGAUAAUACCGUAUCGUACCUUUGUUCCGCCUGCUUGAUCGGGCGCAUGCACUGCACCCGGCAUCUGGGCGCUGACCAGCCACGUUUGGGGCUCAGCCAUUAUACUCAUACAACGAAAUGGGAUUGACGGAAUGCCGGAAGAUACGUCAUCCGGGCAGUGAAU